GCUUACAAUCUAAAUUCUAUGUCAAAUGCGUUGCGAAUAAUUUACGCCUAGUUGGACUUCUCGGAUAUCGCCUUUUGUGGUCAGUUUCGCAAGGAUAGUGAAGUAUGUUCCUGUUUGAUGUAAAGUAUAUACAUUCCCUGUUGCUUUUACUGGAAUAUGUCGCCUUUUCUACCAUUACCUUUGUGGGAUAUUUUUGGUGUCUUACAAACACAGGAUGAAGAAUAAACUUAUGGACGUUGAAAUACAUGACGGUAGAAUCCUAGCAUAACCGAUCAAGUUGACGGGAGAACAUGGUAUGAACGGUGUGUCAUUAAAUUACUUUGCUUGUGGCGGGCUUUGUACAAAAUUCACCGUCCUCUCUUCCUCUUUGAUAUUUUCGACGCAAUCUGCAAUUUUCGUCGAAUUAAACUUGAUGCUUGGGUAGACCGACCGGUGGAGAUUAGGUUAGGUUAGGUUAGGUUGGGGUGGGGUUGGAUUGGGUUAGGCUAGGUUUGGUUGCGAGUUCUUUGCCAUUUGUUUGCAAAUAAUUUCACAUGUGUACCCGCAAUGCCAAAUAAAUAUUUGAGUGAUUGGUCUGUGCGCUGUUCCGCGCACUAUUUUGACCGAGAGAUAAAUUGAACGCAAAAAACGAGGAGCCUGGGACCAAAUAACUUUUGUAUUCAAAUUUUCUCCUUGGUCACUGGUACGAGCACCACCUCGCCGCGGUUAUCGCUGGGAUCGGUCACUAUACUCGACGGAUGACAAGAAAGCCGCCAUAGUUGCAAAGGGGCUUUCGAGUUCCUAGUGGAUAGCGUUGGCCCAGCGGUCAGGAGUUUGAACAGCGGCAUAGAGGGCCCCGGGCAGAGACUAGCUUGCGUAACGAGUAACAAAAUGUUUUAAUUACAUCGCUGCGUAAGAGCGGCCAGCUCGGCGUGCUACUCGAUGAAGAGCGAGCUGAGGCUUAAUGAUAAACAUAGAAUGGAAAGAAAAGUAUCGUUACACUGCUAGAAUCUCACGAUGCCGACGCUGCGCCAUGCAGUCACCACACCUGGAAGGUCAACGGGGGCCAGGAAGCACACGAGCGUGUCGUCAUCGGCGGCUGUGACAACCACAACGAAGGCGGCUGGCGUUGAUGAAGAAUAUUCGUCGACUGCUGCCGAUUUGAGUCGACACAAUGACCGCCUACUCUGCGUUUUCUCGGGCGGACAAAAGACCGGGCUUGUUCUUCCCGCCGACGGCGUCUGCAAGUACAUCGCCUUUCACAGCGUGGUGCCAGCGAAACAGUCAAAAGACUUCACGUCUCCGAACAACGGGGAAGCUUUCGAUGCGUUCAUGGUCGAGGCAGGGAAGUUCAGGCGCACCGUGCCGCUGCUCUCCAUCGCCAAGCACGCAUGGGACGAGAUGGCAGCCAAUGGGGAACGCGUCGCCAACGCCACCUGGGCGCUGGAAGUGUACGCAGACCGUGGCAUCGGUGGGUUUGGCUGCGCCCUCUACUACCACACGCUACGCUACGCGUCCGACAGCAAGACUCACCUGGCGCUACUCAGUGAGGACUUCCGCAAGAUGCUGCGAUCGCCGCUACUCUUCUUUCUGGGCCUGGUCGUGGUGGACUCGAGUCACGGCCUGGGAGCCCGCGACGCCGCGUUUGAACUGGCUAGCAGCGUUGUCGAGCACGUGGAUCUCCUGGUUGUGGUGAGCCACCUCCCAGCCGACCGGGACGUGCUGCAGGAGACCGAGGGCCUGCGCCAUUGCCUAGUCACCGCCGCGUCCGGUUGGCUCGACGACGACCUUGGAAACAAGAACCUCCUGUCCACACAACACGCCGUUGACGUUGUCCUGGCUCUCAAGGACUCCAAGGCCCGCUUGUUCGUGUCGGCAACGAUGGGUGUCUGGAAGUAUGUGGUGGCAGCGCGGAGCAUCCAGAACCUGCCCACCCUUAGUAACAUGACCUGCGACUCCCGAGAGCUGGUGCCGUUCGCAGAGGUCUGCAAGACAAACUUCACCAUCGGCAAAGGCGGCGAAGUUGGGAUUGCCUACGACUACGACUUAGAUAAAUCCACGUGGCGCUCGUAUGAGACGCCGGAAUCCAUUUCUUUCAAAAUUCAGCGUGUGUUUCGACACCUGAAAGACGCGCAAGCUUCGGGCAGAGCCGGCUUCUGGGCGUUAUACGAUGUCGAAAUGGACGACUGGGACGGUGAAUGCCACAAUGGCACUCCGAGGAAGCCCGUUAGACUCUACAAAUUUGCGGACCUCACGGAACCUGCCUCAUUGAAAAGAAUUACGUACAGCUAGCACGCAGUGUGCGUUAGCUGCUCGCGAAAUAAACUUACGCGGUGUACAUUUUGUCCACACAGCACCGGCCCUUAGCGACGAUUCCCGCAGUGCAACUGAAAUUAAUCUCGAAGGCCAUGCUUAUGCGAGCUGAAAAUUCCGGACAUGUCGUAAUAUCCGCCAUGUUUUAAACAUUAGCUGCCCCCCAAAAAGAAAAAGCAUCUUUUAAUUGUCGUUCUAACUGUACUCUAAAUGAGAUCAGUAUAUUUAUGCUUGUAUACUUGCGCGCUUUAGUUCUGGGUACAUUUCUGGCCUUAUAAAACAAAUUUCGACAGCCCAUCUUUAGAGACCAUACAGGUUACGCUUGAUAAUAUUGGUCU